AUGAUGCACGUGAACUUAGUGAAGGAAGUUGGUCAUCUCAGAAACAUGGAAGCGGAGAAUGGUGAACAGCCAUUGUUGGAGAGGAAGAAGUACUACGAGAACUGCCCCGGAUGUAAAGUGGACAAAGCCAAAGAGUUGAGUGAGGGACAGGGUGUGCCCGUUACGAAGCUUUUUAUUAUGUGGAUGGUGGUGCUGUGUGCUGCACUGCCAAUAUCAUCUCUUUUUCCAUUCCUCUAUUUCAUGGUAAAGGAUUUUAAUAUUGCGAAAACAGAAGCUGAUAUUAGUUCUUAUGCUGGUUAUGUUGGUUCUGUAUUCAUGCUUGGCAGAUGUUUGACAUCUUUGUUGUGGGGAACUAUAUCUGAUCGCUUUGGUCGGAAACCUGUUAUACUAAUAGGGAUUAUUUCAGUUGUCAUUUUCAACACACUAUUUGGCCUUUGCACAAGUUUUUGGAUGGCUAUUAUCACGAGAUUUCUUCUGGGAAGUUUCAAUGGUUUUCUUGGACCAGUGAGGGCCUAUGCCACUGAACUUUUUAGAGAGGAACACCAAGCUCUAGGACUCUCAACUGUAAGCUCGGCUUGGGGCAUAGGUUUAAUAAUUGGCCCAGCAUUGGGAGGCUAUUUGGCUCAGCCAGUAGAGAAGUAUCCAAAUAUAUUUCCAAAGAAUUCCUUUUGGGACAAGUUUCCAUACUUCUUGCCCAGCUUCAUAAUAUCAGCAUAUGCAUUAAUAGUAGCUAUUGGCUGCAUCUGGAUUCCAGAAACCCUUCACAACCACUAUCCUAGCAAUGAAUCCAUUGAGUAUGCUGAAGCAUUAGAAAAUGGAAGUAGUGGCGCAAGCAAUGAAAAGAUAAUAAAAGACAACGGAAACCUUUUUCUGAAUUGGCCCUUAAUGUCAUCUAUCAUUGCUUAUUGUGUCUUCUCACUUCAUGAUAUUGCUUAUCAAGAGAUUUUCUCCUUAUGGGCAGUGAGCCCUCGAAGGUUGGGGGGUUUGAACUUCACAACUAAUGAUGUGGGUAACAUUCUGGCAAUAUCAGGUUUUGCACUUAUAGUUUACCAACUUACCUUGUACCCAUCUGUGGAAAAAGCUAGUGGACCUAUUGGUAUUGCCCGCAUCUCAGCGAUGUUAUCCAUACCUCUUUUGCAAAGCUACCCCAUCAUUGCAUUGUUGUCAGGCUUAGCACUAUACAUAGUGUUAAGUGUUGCUUCAAUGCUGAAGUAUAUUCUGUCUAUCACCAUCGUAACUGGUUUGUUCCUUCAACAAAACCGAGUAGUGGAACAACAGCAAAGAGGGGCAGCCAAUGGCAUUGCUAUGGCAGGCAUGUCUCUAUUCAAAGCUAUUGGCCCUGCCACAGGUGGUUCAGUAUUAGCUUGGUCACAAAAGCGGAUGGAUUCUUCAUUCCUCCCAGGCACCCAUAUGGUGUUCUUUGUCUUGAACAUAGUUGAAGCAGUUGGAUUACUAAUGAUGUUCAAACCAUUCUUGGUUGAAAAAAAGAAAACACACACAGAUCAAUUACAGUGA